AUGCUGCUGUGUCGCAUUGUGCUGGCCCUGCUGCUGCUGGUGCUGCUGCACUACUGCCAGGCGGAGGAGGAUGUUCCCCGGCAGCCACCAGUCUCCCUCGCCGAGUCCCUGGCCAGAUCAGCGACCGGGUCCGGAUCCAGCCUCAUCCGCAGCGACCCCUUCAUCUCGCGCAACCAGAAGCAGUGCUUCGAGACCCGCAGCCUGGUGUCCUGCAUCAAGUACAAGGCCAGCAAGCUCAUCUGGAAGCUGGCCACCAACAGCCUCGGCUUCUUCCCCAGCGAGUACGGACGCGAUCUGGCCGACACCGGGCUGGCUGACAAAGGCCGCUGGCUGAGAUUGGUCCAGUUGGGAGAGCCCGCCGACGAGGUGGUCGUGUUCAACGACGCCAAGAGCUUGGAAGGUGACAGCGAACUGACGCUGAUUCUAAAGUUCCUGAAGCGAGCGGUGGAGACCUUUGGACGGAAUCACGGACUGCAGCUGAAGCUGAAUGGCGACAGCGGAGCUAGGGUCAUGGAGGAAUCAGAGGCCCGAUUGAAGCGCAAGAAGAAGAAGUGGCUCAUCAUCCUGCCCCUCGUCAUCCUGAUGAAGAUUGCCCACCUGAAGAUGACCUUGGUGAGCAUGCUGAUGGGCGUGCUGGGCAUGAACGUCCUGCUGGUGGGCGGCGUGGGCUGGCUGAUCCACUACCUCAAGUACAAGACCAUGUGCAAGAUCCACCCGCACCUGGUGCAGACGCACUCGCACGUCUACGAAUCGGAGCCCUCGGACUACUCGCAGUUCGUGGGCAGCAGCAGCUACUCCAACUCGUACUCCCCCUACAGCUCGGGGUCCGGGGCUCCGCACGAGAUCGGGGGCAAUAGCUACAGCAAGGACUGGGCCACGAGUAAGGCCUACAAUGCCCACAACUAUCUGGACACGAUCAGCAAGCGGAUACAGUAG